AUGGGAAACUGCCUGCCGUCAUUGUUCGGGUUCGUCAGACAACACGAUGAGACGCCACUCCGACGGAGCCGAUCCUCGGAUGGGAUGAGCUUCACGAAUCCCAACAUGAUGCAGCAGAGUAGUUCGUACGUGAAUCAACUCUACCAACACAACGUAAUUAGACAGAGGCAAGCUGAGGAGCGGGGAAAAGAAAUUGAUGAGGCGAAGAAGAAUCGGAUUCGUGGACUUCUUGACCAGAUUCCAGCUGAUGUGUUCCGUGGGGAUAUGACGAGUAAUGAAUGCGCGAUCUGCAUGAUCGACUUCGAGCCGGGCGAGCGUAUCCGAUUCCUUCCGUGCAUGCACUCGUUCCAUCAGGAGUGUGUCGACGAAUGGCUCAUGAAGUCGUUCACGUGUCCCUCAUGCCUGGAACCAGUCGACUCGACAAUCCUCUCCUCUCUGACCGCCCAUAAUAUGCAAUCAUUGCAACAAAUCUCCUCGACCUCCCCCACCACCUCUACUACUACCAAACAAUAG